AUGGUGUACACCAGCAGUACAUGUACAAUAGUGUACAUCAGAAACAGUUGUACAAUAGUGUACAAGAGCAACACACUCACAAUAGUGGAUACGCUGAUGUACACCUUCAACAGGGAUACGCUGAUGUACAUCACCAACAGGGAUACGCUGAUCACCAAUCAGAUGGAUACAUAUAAUCUACUUGAUGUGUAUCAUCCACAAAUGGACAAUAACUUGAUGAUUGUAAGUCAUCAAGUUAUUGAUCCUAACGUGAGUCCAUACAUUAAUGCAUGUUUAAAAAAACGAAAACGCCAUACGUUUACUAGAGGACAGCUGGACAUACUGGAGAAGAGUUUUCACACAAAUAAAAAACCAAGCAAGGAAAUGACGGAUGAUUUGGCAAAACGAUUUGGUUUGAGCCCAUACCAAAUUAAAAUAUGGUUCAAAAAUCGUAUGGCGAAGUUGAAGAAAUCGGGGAAUUCAUAUAAUCCACGACAGAAUUAUAUGACUGGAUCACUGGUUCCGAACAGUGCAUAUUCGCAACAGGUUCCGAACAGUGCUUAUUCGCAACAGGUUCCGAACAGUGCAUAUUCGCAACAGGUUCCGAACAGUGCAUAUUCGCAACAGGUUCCGAACAGUGCAUAUUCGCAACAGGUUCCGAACAGUGCAUAUUUGCAACAGGUUCCGAACAGUGCAUAUUCGCAACAGGUUCCGAACAGUGCAUAUUCGCAACAGGUUCCGAACAGUGCAUAUUCGCAACAGGUUCCGAACAGUGCAUAUUCGCAACAGGUUCCGAACAGUGCAUAUUCGCAACAGGUUCCGAACAGUGCAUAUUCGCAACAGGUUCCGAACAGUGCAUAUUCGCAACAGGUUCCGAACAGUGCAUAUUCGCAACAGGUUCCGAACAGUGCAUAUUCGCAACAGGUUCCGAACAGUGCAUAUUCGCAACAGGUUCCGAACAGUGCAUAUUCGCAACAGGUUCCGAACAGUGCAUAUUCGCAACAGGUUCCGAACAGUGCAUAUUCGCAACAGGUUCCGAACAGUGCAUAUUCACUACAAGAAUCCAACAGUGGAUAUUCACAGGACGUAUUCAACAGUGGAUAUUCACAACAAGUCUCCGACGGUGGGUAUUCACAACAAGUUUCCAACAAUGGAUAUUCACAACAGGGAUCCAACAGCGUAUAUCCGCAAGGGGGAUACACUAAUGUGUGUCACACUAGUCCAGAAGAUCUGGAUGUCUUAGAAAAUAUUUUCUACACAAAUAAAAAACCAAGCAAGGAAAUGUUGGAUGAUUUGGCACAACAAUUUGGCUUGAGCCCGUACCAAAUAAAAAUUUGGUUUAAAAAUCGUGUAGCAAAGUUGAGGAAAUCAGGGAAUAUUGAUAAUGUACAUCAGGAUUAUAUGAUUGGAUCACUACAACAAGCGUCCAGCAGUGGAAAUUAUCCACAAACGUCCAGCAGUGGAUAUUAUUCACAAGCGUCCAGCAGUGGAUAUUAUCCACAAGCGUCCAGCAGUGGAUAUUCGCAACAACCGUCCAGCAGUGGAUAUUCACAACAAGCAUCUAGAUAUUCACAGGAAGAAUCCAACAGUGGAUAUUCACAGGAAGAAUCCAACAGUGGAUAUUCACAGGAAGAAUCCAACAGUGGAUAUUCACAGGAAGAAUCCAACAGUGGAUAUUCACAGGAAGAAUCCAACAUAGAUGAGCAAUCAGAUGGAUACAUAUAA